AUGGAGAGCGCUCCAGUCCAGGUCGAAGGCGUCGCACCCACUGGCUUCACAACGACGACGACGAAAACGCACCAGCGUGCUCAGUACAGCAGUAAUCUGGCGCCAUCGCCUAUUCCUGAGCAGCAAAAGUCCCCCCCUGACAGCGACGAGUCGCCCAGUUACGAUGAGGACGAGGACGAGGACGAGGACGAUGAUGAUGCGAGCCCGCAGCAGGUGCCAGACGCCGAGGUCGACCAAGCCGAAGAUGUCCUGGGAGUCAGUAUCGGGCGCGAGCAGAGUCGCAUGAAGGCGCGCCAGACGCCUGCAGAGGAAAAAUCGCGAGCCAUUGAGAGCUCGGGAGGCUAUUUUAACGUCGUGCCCGGAAUCGCCGAGGGCGACUAUCUGGCCCAGAUGACAGAGGAGCCCGCAGAAACAACUCCUCCUGCAGUGGUAGAUACGACCAACAAGGACACCCGGCUUUCGUUUACCAGGUCGAUACUCAAGUCCAGCCUGCCCGGGCGAACCCGCGCGUCGUCGGGCGACUCGAUCUACAACCUCAACUUCCGAAAGUUCUUCCCUGAUCUCAGCUCCCUGACCAAGCGACCCAGCUCGUCGUCAAUGAAAGCCAAGUCGAUGGAUAUUGCGCGUGCUCGUUCCGCCAGUAGUCCGUUAUCCGGGACUGAAAGGGAAAACAACGCCGUUGAUAGAUUGCCGAGUUUGGCCAACAGAAACGAUUCGAGCGAGGAGAUUCUUGCUGCCCUGCGGCCGCUUCAGAACGCUACUACUCACUCGUACCAGAGGCUGCCUGCGCAGAAGAAGCGGCCACCGCUUAGUGUGCGACCAUCGGUGUCCGAUGAGAGUUUGUACGUGCGGAACUUGUCCAGAACGUCGACGCUGGAACAUCGACCGCACUACGAGAAUGUCCAUUCGAUGGUAAACAGUCGCUACAAGGCAAUCAAGGACAGCCUGCAAGAUUCCGGCAGCAGGCUUCUCAGCAUGCCUAAUUUCAAUCUUCCGGACUUUCGGUCUGAGUGGCAUCCUGGCCGAUUUCUCGCUGAUUACCAGCGCAAAGACUCUAGUCAACCCAACCUCACCACACAGACGACUACUCGAACCAGCCCCAAACUGCCGACGAGGCAGAACUCUCCUUAUCCCAUUCUCGACCAGGCAGCGUCAAGCAUGACCGGCGAUGUCGUGAUCAUGGGUGGUUACCGAGGCUCCGUGCUUCGAUCUGCAAAGCCCCCGAACCGCCAACUCUGGGUGCCCAUGAAAGUGGGCUUGAACAUUCGCAAGGUGGACCUUGAAGUUGGUCUAUCUCCAGAAGACGAAGAACGAAUGGAGGAGACUAUCAUUGCGUCCGAGGUACUAUCCCAUAUUGGACCUGUCGACAUCUGCCGGCGAUUGAUUCAACGCCUGCGCAAGUUUGAGAAACGUCGACAGGGCGAUCUCCGCGUCUGGGAUUAUGGCUAUGACUGGCGGCUGAGUCCUCAUCUCCUGUCGAAACGACUGAUCAAGUACCUCGAAGCCCUGCCGUGCAACUCACCGGACUUGCCACCAGAGAAGCGAGGUGCCUACGUGAUCGCCCAUAGUCUUGGAGGGCUCAUCACUCGACACGCGGCCAACCAACGGCCAGAACUCUUUGCCGGUGUUCUUUUCGCGGGGACACCACAGCACUGCGUCAACAUUUUGGGUCCCCUGCGAAAUGGAGACGAAGUCCUCCUCAGUUCCAAGGUGCUCACCGCUCAGGUCAAUUUCACCAUCCGAACUAGUUUCGCCUUGCUUCCGGAUGACGGUAGAUGCUUUAUCAACAAAACCAGCAAAGAGGACUACCUCGUGGACUUUUUCGACGUCAACAGCUGGGUCAAACACGCCUUGUCCCCCUGUAUCCGACAGCCAUCCCCCGCGACCGGAAAUGAAUCGAAAAAGGGAUUGAUGGACAACCUACCAAACUCAUUCCAAACCUUCCCCAAGAUCGGACUGAGCAAGAGACUAUCCGUGAAACUGACCGGAAAGACGACAAAGGAGCCCUCCUCACCUCCAUCAGCAAGAGAAAAGGAACAAGUCGAGACCGUCCCCGGCCCUCUCAACGAGACCGACAUCGCAGCAGCACCGUCUUCAUCCACAGCAGCUACACUAGGUGGCGCCAUCGGCCCUCACACCACCAAACGCGGCGCCGCCACCGCCGCCCUCGACGCCUCUGCAACCACAUGCACAAUCCCACUACAAGAUGCACUCAAAUACCUCGACCGAACCCUAAAAGAAACCCGCCAAUUCCGACAAGAACUCGCCUUCAACGAGUCUCAUCAGUCUGCAAACCGCUACCCGCCAUUCUCAGUACUCUACUCCAAAGCCCUGCCCACCGUGUACGGCGCCCGCGUACACUCGCGCAAACAGAUGGGCCAGGUUGAUGCAUACGACGAUCUGGCAUUUGCGGCAGGUGACGGUGUCUGUCUCGCAUCUGCGGCGAUGCUACCAACGGGCUAUCGGACCAUUAAGCAUGGGCUCGUGAAGACUGAUCGCGGGCAUGUCGGGUUGUUGGGGGAUUUGGAAGCCGUUGGGCAGUGUUUGAUGGCGCUGGUCAGGGGACGAGAAGCUGGUGUUGGUAUCAGUGGGGUGGGAGUGAGUGAAUGA